GCGAGAGAAGAAGCAUCACAUCACUCCGUCGAAAUCACAGAUAAACCAAACGCAGGCCAAGUCACUGUCGUCGUCUCAUGAACGAACCCCGUUUCCCCCCACAUUUAUCGCGCACCCCUCUCUCUCUCUCUCUCUCUCUCUCACGCGAGCUCUGUUACUCUUUCCGGCCAUUAUUGGACCGAAGGAUGGAAUAAAUUAACGCAAGCUGCCACUGCACCUCUUCUUCUCCUCCUUCAGCCUCUGCACUGGACGUUUCUGCGACACAUCUACUGGAGCUCUUUUUUUCGGCAAAAUGGCGGCAUCUGUGCAGUGUAGACAACAAGAGAGGAGCCUUGGGAUGGUGAUGAAAGAAAAGGAUGAUGAUCUAGAUUUGUUCCUUGAGAUGCAGAGCCGCGAAACGGAGAGGAACAGCCUUCUUCUCCAGAGCUCUGAUGAUUUUGAUGAACAAAUACAUUCCAAACAAGAAAGCUCUUCAAUAUCUUAUAGAACAUCUGCAUUGCCUGCAAGCCAAACAGCUGCCAAUGAGCUUCUGAGCUGUGAAAAUGAUAGAACUGAUUAUGAUUGGCUUCUUACACCACCUGCUACCCCACCAUGUCCUUCAUUAGAGAUGGAAUCAAAGAAAACUGCAAUGAAACAGAUAGGGAUUUCAAAUGGUCGUCCUGUGGCCCCAAUAUCUGUGUCAGAUAACCAACCUGCAGAACCUGCUUCAAGGAAUAAUCAAACUAGGGAGCUUAUAUCCACUUCAGUUGCUGCAAAUAGAAGGCCAUCAUCAUCAGGAGGCUUGAAAUCAAGUGCUUCUAGGUCUGCAACACCAACUGGAAGAGCCACAUUGCCUGCGAGAGCAAAGUCCUCAAGGCCUUCCACACCUACUUCACGAGCUACUUUACCUGCUACAACAAAGCCUUCCAGACCUUCCACUCCAACUUCACAAGCUAGAUUAACCUCAGUAGCAAAGCCCUCAAGAGCAGCCACACCUACUUCACGAGCAACAUUGCCUUCCCCUAAGCCUUCUUCUCCUACAGUGAGAUCUUCAACUCCAACAAGACCAAUGGUCCGCUCUUCUACACCAACUGCCAGGUCAUCCGUACCAGCAGCUUCCAAGUCCACACCAAGAUCAGCAACACCAACAAAUCAGUCAUCAACCCCUUCUAGUGUUACUAGCAUAUCAGGUCCUCCCAGUUACUCCUCUUCUGUGACAAAGUCAGGUCCCAAAAUUUUGAAAAAUCAGGUGCCAUCACGUGGUACUUCUCCAACAGUGAAGUCUAGGCCUAGGAAACCCUCUGAAAUGCCUGGUUUCUCACAUGAUGCCCCUCCGAAUUUGAAGGCACCAGUGCCUGGAAGGCCAGCUUCAACUUCUAGGAGUAGACCAGGACCAACUAGUGCUCAAUACUCUUCUACUGUGUCUAGUUCUAUUAGAAGACCAAGACGGCAAUCAUGUUCUCCUUCUAGAGGACAGGCCCUAAAUGGUAGUGCUAAUAACAAAGGAAACUCUGUGCUGUCUCUGAGUAGAGGACAUUCCAUUUGUGGUGAUGAUGUGAACCCUGUUUUGAUUGGAACGAAGAUGGUUGAAAGAGUAGUAAACAUGAGGAAAUUAGCACCACCAAAGCAUGAUGACCAUUUAUUUAAGAAUAGUAACUCCUCAGGGAAGUCUUUGUCAUCCCAAGAAAAUUCAGGCUUUGGGAGAUCGCUUUCCAAGAAGUCAUUAGACAUGGCUUUGAGGCAUAUGGAUAUAAGGAGAGUGACAAACAUUCCAGCUUCUUCUGUGUACAGUGUGAGAUCGGGAUCAACAAAAAGCAGGACAGCCAGUGUCUUGGACUCUCCUCUUGCCACAAGUAGUAACGCCAGUUCCGAGCCAAGCAUCAAUAAUAACUCUCAUUGUUUAGAUGGCAGUGACUAGAUGAGAAUGAACUUGGCAAUUAGAGAGAUCAGUCCUUUCCUACUAGCUGCCUGCACGAUAACUGAUCCAUCGGGACCUGUCAUGCUGUGAUAUAAAUUGGUAUAUGUUUAUUUCCACGUGUUCUCUUGUUGCUUUGAAAGCCCAAUUAAGAAGAAAGGGAAAGAACACUUGUUCUGAAAGGAACUGACCCAGAAGGGCAUCCCAUAUUUUUCACUAAUCUUGCUGGAAAAGUUCUUUUACAUAUAUUUUUCCAGGUUGUUGAACCUCUUAUCUACCUGCUGUUACUGUUCUUCUAAUAUGAAUUUUAUGUAAUUAAAAUGUGACAGCUUAAGUCAAAGCUCCCUUCAUGAAUAA